AUGAGUAGACCAACCAUUCCUUCUUGGUGGUUAAUUCAAACACGCGAAAAACUUGAAUCUCGCGAACUCAAUUAUUUAAUUGCGUGUAAGCGAGUUCCAUACGAGGAUGAAAUGAAGUGUGAAUUUAGAUCAAUUUCGAAAAACACACUUAAAGCAGCAUACACAAAUGCAAAUUUAACGCCCCCAAACGUUAAACCUGGUCCGGCACCAGAUGAUAUUACUCCUGAAAAUUUGCAAUAUGUUCUCCAAAAAUUUCAGGAAUAUAAGUGCGGAAUCCAAAAGAUGUUUUGGCGUUUAAACAUGGAUCAAAAUGUUUAUUCAGUUUCCUACAAUAAACUCAGAAGAAUUUACAGUAUUUUGGAGAUCAAAGAACCAAAAAGUGACAGGCCCCCUCAAAAAUAUUAUACGCCAUAUGAAGCAACAAAACCUGAUACCAUAUGGCAUGUAGAUGUUCAUUUUUUAUACGGUUCACAGAGGUUACCUGUUUAUGGUAUAAUAGACGAUAAAUCUCGGUUUUUGUUGGCUUUAAAAAUUUUGCCAAAUAAAUCUUCCGAAUCUACAACAAGAGUUGCCGAAGAAACGAU